CCCCAAUAGGCUGCUGAAACUGAGACUGAGGAGGAAGUGAGAGGAGGAGGUGAGGUGCAGCAAGGAGCCCGUGACACUGGGGUCUAGGGCAGAAUGGCCCAGGCCCUGGGAGAGGACUUGUUGCUACCGUCAGAACUACAGGAUGAUUCUAGCUCUCUGGGGUCCGACUCAGAGAUCAGUGGGUCCAGCCCAUAUCGUCAGGCUGACCGAUAUGGCUUCAUUGGGGGCAACUCAGCUGAGCUGGGGCUUGGUCAACCCCCUGCAGACCUUAUCCGCCAGCGGGAGAUGAAAUGGGUGGAAAUGACCUUACACUGGGAGAAGACCAUGUCUCGACGAUAUAAGAAGGUAAAGAUACAGUGCCGAAAGGGCAUCCCCUCAGCCCUACGUGCCCGGUGUUGGCCCCUACUGUGUGGGGCCCAUAUGUGUCAGAAGAACAACCCUGGCACCUAUCAGGAGCUGGCAGUGGCCCCAGGGGACCCGCAGUGGAUGGAGACCAUUGGCAGGGACUUGCACCGGCAGUUCCCUCUGCACGAGAUGUUUGUGUCACCCCAGGGACAUGGGCAGCAGGGGCUGCUGCAGGUUCUCAAGGCCUACACCCUGUACCGGCCAGAACAGGGAUAUUGCCAGGCUCAGGGACCUGUAGCUGCUGUGCUGCUCAUGCAUCUGCCCCCAGAGGAAGCCUUCUGGUGCUUGGUGCAGAUCUGUGAGGUCUACCUCCCUGGCUACUAUGGGCCCCACAUGGAAGCAGUGCAGCUGGAUGCCGAAGUGUUCAUGGCUCUUCUGCGGCGGUUGCUCCCACGUGUGUACAAGCACCUGCAGCAGGUAGGCGUUGGCCCCCUGCUCUACCUGCCUGAGUGGUUCCUGUGCCUCUUCACUCGAUCGCUGCCCUUCCCCAUCGUGCUUCGCAUCUGGGAUGCCUUCCUCAGUGAGGGUGCCAAGGUACUGUUCCGUGUAGGGCUGACACUGAUGCGCCUAGCACUGGGCACUGUGGAACAGCGCACAGCAUGCCCAGGGCUCCUGGAGACACUUGGGGCCUUACGAACCAUUCCCCCUACCCAGCUGCAGGAAGAGGUCUUCAUGUCCCAGGUACACAAUGUAGCCCUGUCUGAGCGAGACCUGCAACGGGAAAUCAGGAUCCAGCUGGCCCAGCUGCCCAAGUCAUCACCUGGGCCAGUCCCUCUGCCACAGGCCCGCCUUCCUGGGGCUCAAGCCAUCUUUGAGUCCCAGCAGCUGGCUGGGAUGCGAGGAGGCGCCAAACCUGAGAUACCUCGAAUUGUGGUGCAGCCUCCAGAGGAGCCCAAUCCACCACGUCGCAAGCCGCAGACCCGUGGCAAGACUUUCCAUGGGCUCCUGAUAAGGGCCAGGGGACCCCCUAUUGAGGGUCCCUCCAGGUCCCACAGAGGCUCUGCCUCUUUCCUGGACACCAGAUUCUAAGUGUACCAUGCACUUAGUGCCACCACAUCUCAGUCAUCUGAACAGUGACGCCAGCCCCAGCAAUGAGGACUGCGCUUUCCUGCUGGGCUGUAUGACUCAGCAGGGACCACCUUGAGGACUGUGUCGGGCGCAAAGAUCAAGGAACAAUACCGAGUGGAGCUUGUGGGGAGCUGUUUGGUGCCUGCCAUUGCCAGCAUCAAAGCCAGCACCAAAGGAUUGUGGGAAUAAAGCUUCUGGCUAAGGUAUGGCACCUCAUGGGCUUCUUGCAAGGAAAUGCUCAAAUAAAGCCUGACUGAGAGAUACUGGAUAAAGUUGGAUCAAAUAUUCCUCCA